CUAGUUUUCCAGCAGGGUAAUACCUCAGACUAUAGUGCUAGAGUCAUACUUGAUCAUAUUAAAGAGCUAGACAUCGAGUGUCUAAGGUGGCCAGCAAAGUCGCUAGAUCUCUCGUAUAUUGAAAAUAUAUGGUUCUGGAUGAAGGUGUGGCUCUACCAGCUCUUGACCCCGGAUGAGUUAGCUAACGCUAUUCGCGCUGCGUGGGCCGCAGUGCCAGAAGAAUUACUGUGUAAGUUGGCUACGUCAAUGCCAGACCGGCUGCGGAAGAUGUUAGAAGAAAUAGCGGCUUGA